CAUCGAAACAAAAACCCGCUCCGUUACUUUUUCAACACUCCACUCCACUCCACCACCUUUUCCCCUUUCACACUCUUUUUCAAAAUGUCACCGUCAUCAUCCUCCACCGGAAACUGCAGCAAAAUCCGCCGCAUUGUUCGUCUCCGACAAAUGCUUCUCCGAUGGAGAAAGAAAGCACGAUUAACAACAACAACAACAAACUACUACGAUGUACCGGAAGGACACGUGGCAGUAUGUGUGGGUCCUAGUAUGAGAAGAUUCGUUGUUCGUGCUAGUUACUUGAAUCAUCCGAUCUUCAAGAAGCUUCUGAUGCAAGCGGAGGAAGAAUACGGUUUUUGUAACCAUGGACCGCUUGCGAUUCCAUGUGAUGAGUCUUUGUUUGAAGAGGCUCUUCGGGUUAUGGCCCGACCCGAACCUAGAUUUUCUACGCUUGAAGAUUUUCAGAGACGGUGCCACGUGGAUGUUAGUAGUAGUAGUAGUAGUAGUAGUAAUAAUCAGUUUGUAGGAGAAUCGAGGCCGUUACUUCAUGAUGACCCGAUUUGUUGAGUCAGCGAGUUAACUCGGUUUUUUUUUCUUCUGGAAAAUAUAAUCAUCGCUAACUCAUUUUUAAUUUUUUUUGGGUAUUUUGUUGUACUAAUGAUUGAUGUUAGGUGAGUUUGUUGUAGGGAAAAAAUAUUUAUUAGUGAAUUGAUGAUAAAAAAAUA